AUGCAGAGGUUGUGUGCUGAGAUGCUUGUGAAUUUGGACAUCCCAAGGGUUAUCCUUGGUCACUCUGAUAUUUUGAUAUUUUACCUCAAUCCUACGUUUGUAGUUUGUCGGGGACAAGGUUGCCUAGACAAGGUUGCCUAUGCACUUGCUCAAGGUUUGAAAGUGAUCGCUUGUGUUGGUGAGACUCUUGAGCAGCGAGAGGCUGGGUCAACCAUGGAUGUUGUGGAUGCCCAGAAUCAAGCUAUUGCUAAUUUAUCGAGUGUCGAAGUACAUGAUAAGCUUAGGAAAUGGCUAGCAAAGAACGUGAGUGAUGACGUGGCUGCUACAAGCCUACAACCCGCAUCGUAUACGGAGGAUCCGUCAAUGGUGUCAAAACCAUUAACUAAUGUCUUUUCUUCUUCUUUCAUUGUUGCUUUUGCAGGCUUUGAGUUUAGAGCCAUCGUUGCCCGAAGCGAAUCAUAA